AAUCUUAGAAAAUAAAUGUACAAGUUCAUUACACAAAUCCCAGUUAAUUCUAUAGACAAGAAGAGUCUAAUAAUCUGGAGGACACCAAAGAGAAAAUAAAAGUCAAUCUAACAAUCUGUAUCAUACCAAAGAGAAAAUAAAGGUUAUCCAGAACUUAAUGUUUCAGUUACUUCUGGAAUAGUCAAGUAAUUUUGUAAAGAAAUUUGAAACGUCAUCAUAUGAGGAUAAUUGAUUCCAGGUAGAAAGUACACGAUCUGAUGAAAGCAAGACUUAAGAAAUUUUGAACUCGUGAUUCUGAAAGUAUACGUCAACAUUCUGCACUGAUAACAUUGUGCAUAACAUUUCCCCCAAAGAACACAACAUGAUAUUUGCAGGAUUGCUGACUCUUCUUUUUGUAUGGGGAAGAAUGCAUAUUUCUUCCUCCACUACAUAUGAAGCUGAUAAUCACUUCCUGUACAAAAGUCAUCACUGGACAAAUACACAUAUUGAAAAUUUACAUCGGGAGAAACGCAGCUCUAUAUGGAAUGAAUUUUAUGUUCCAGAAGAAGUUACAGGGAGAGCCGUUUAUGUUGGCCAAGUUACCUUAAUAAAUAGUACAGUUGAGUCAAACAGAAACAAUGAUGACCUUAAAUUUAUUCUAUCUGGGGAAGGAGCUGGGACUAUGUUUACUAUUGAACCAAGCACAGGGAAACUUCAUGCAAUAAAAAAGCUUGACCGAGAGGAAAAAUCCUUGUAUAUCUUAAAAGCUCAAGUUGUGAAUAAAUAUACUCAUCAGGUUGUAGAACCAGAAUACAACUUAAUAGUUAAAGUUCAGGAUGUGAAUGAUAAUGAACCACAGUUUCUCAAUGGGCCAUAUACUGCAGCAGUACCCGAAAUGGCACCUAUAGAUACAUUUGUCACACAAGUAACAGCCACAGAUGCAGAUGAUGCAAGCCAUGGAAACAGUGCAAAGUUGGUUUACAGUAUUAUACAAGGACAGCCUUAUUUCUCUGUAGAACCUACUACUGGGACAAUUAGGACUGCAUCUGCUCACAUGGACAGAGAAUCCCAGGAACAGUUCUUUGUGAUCAUUCAGGCAAAAGAUAUGGUUGGACAGAUGAGAAGCCUGUCCGGGACAACAACUGUAACCAUUACUCUCUCUGAUGUCAAUGACAAUAAACCAAAGUUUCAUCAAAAGCUAUACCACUUCACAGUCUCAGAAGCAGCGAGUCCUGGAAGUACAAUCGGAAAGCUCAAGGCUGAUGACAUGGAUAUAGGAAAAAAUGCAGAAAUGGACUAUAUCAUUGUAAAUGAAGGAGACUCGGGUGCCUUUGACAUAAUUACUGACUCAAAUAACAAAGAAGGGAAUUUAAUUUUAAAAAAGCCUGUGGAUUAUGAAAGAAAAAGAUGGUAUGGCAUUAAAGUAAAGGCAGUCAACAUACAUGUUGAUCCACAAUUUUCAAGUUAUGGACCUUUUGAAGACUUAACAAAUGUGAAGAUUAGUGUUGAAGAUGAAGAUGAACCACCUAUUUUCAGUCCUGUUGAGUAUAAGUUCAUGGUCCUUGAAAAUGCCCACCCCGGUGCAUCUGUAGGAACUGUUACUGCUAAAGACCAAGACAGUCUGAACAGGCCCAUUAGGUAUGCAUUUGACCAACAUAGUAAUAAGAAGAAAAUAUUCAUGAUUGAUGCUUUGAGUGGAUUGAUCACUUUGGCAAAACCUCUUGACCGAGAAACAGCAGCAUGGCACAACUUAACUGUCUCUGCAUCAGAACAAACAUAUCCAGUCUUGUAUGCCAAAGCAUCAGUCUUCGUUGAAGUGGGGGAUGUUAAUGACCAUGCUCCGGAAUUUCCAGUGCAUUAUGUGACCUAUGUGUGUGAACAGUCUGAAUCAGGGCAGCUAUUACAAACAAUCAGUGCUGUUGACAAGGAUACACCAGAAGACGGGCAUCAUUUUCAUUUUUCAUUGGACCCACACUCUACAAGCAACGCAUAUUUUACUCUCAGUGAUAAUCAAGAUAACACAGCUGGAAUUCUAACAAGAAGCCAUAAUUUCAGUCUACAAGAACAGGCUGUUUUUUAUUUGCCUAUUGUGAUUAAGGACAGUGGACUUCCAGCCCUAAGCAGCAGCAGCACAGUCACAAUCAGAGUUUGUGACUGUGGUUCAUCAGGGACACCUGAGUCAUGCUCUGUGGAAACCCUUGCCCUACCAUUUGGUCUCAGUACAGGAGCCUUCAUUUCUAUUAUGGCUUGUGGUCUCAUAAUAUUAGAAUUUAUUGUGGUCAUCCUGGCUAUAAGAAGACACAAGGCAGCGCCUCUAUUCUUUAUAAAAGGGGAAGACAUCAAAGAAAACAUUGUGAAAUAUGAUGAUGAAGGUGGUGGUGAAGAGGACACAGAGGCAUUUGAUAUAAAUGCACUGAGUAACCAGCCAGUCAUGCGUAAAGAUAAAACAAGAAGGAAACGGAACCAAGAGAUUCAGAGCUUGUGCCGGCUUUCAUUAGGAAUUGGCCCAGAGGAUCCUAUUUUUAGGGAAUUUAUUCUUGAAAAACUCUUUGAAGCUGAUAAUGAUCCCUGUUCUCCACCCUUCAACACCCUCAUGACAUAUGCAUUUGAAGGCUGCGGAUCAGUCACAGGUUCACUGAGUUCUUUGGGGUCAUUUAGCACAGAUUCUGAUCAGAAUUAUGAUUACCUGUCUGAACUGGGGCCACAGUUUAAGAAACUGGCAGAUCUCUGUGGACACUGUGAGCAUGACAAAGAAAAUGUAGCAUCAUGAAACAAAACAUUGCAGCUGUACUCAGGAUAUUUAUCAGAACUGUUGCAAAUAUUAUGCUUGAUUAUGUCAACUAUAUAAAGUUUAACAAGUAAUAGUACAAUCCUUUUAGUUUUCAGAUUUGCAGCCCACAUUAAAAAAUAUGUAUGUAACUGUUGAUAUAUUGCAAAAGCAAACAUGAAAAAGGUGUCCACAUGUUUUUUUUUUUUUUUUGGUUUGGGAUUAAAGGUAUGCUGGGGGAGGCUGAGGGAAUCAAAGUAAAACUCUUUUUUGGCGGGGAAGCAAGCCCCCAAGCACCAACAGGAACCACCGCUGAUUAAAUAUGCCAACUCCAGGAUAGCACUAUAGUGGGUAAAUGGCAAAUACCCCAUCCCAACCAUACCCCAGUUCCAAACAUACUUAAUAAACUGGCAUGUACAAUCAACUGAUUUCCAACCAAACAUACUGUAAUAUUUCCUCGGUUAACGAAAAAUAUUGGCAGCCUCUUGGCAGUACCAACUCUAUUCAGAGGGUAUGGAAAAGGUACUUCUAAAAUUUUCUGUACAUCGCUGUUUUUGAAAGAAAGUUCACAAUUCACAUAAGAAAAAAUUGAAAUCAUUAGCACAUAAGGACCAGGCAACCCUCUUCUCUUUGUCUAUUUCCAUUUAUGAUACAUAGGCUGCAUUUUCUUGUUAAACAAUAACAUACUCCUUUUUUACAUCAUAAGAAACCUGUUUCAUGUUUACCCUAUGAGCUCUUAAACUGCUCAAAAAUUUUGAUUCCUUGACCUGUUUUAGAAACUGUCCAGUGCCCACAGUACUUUUUUUUUUUAAGUUGGUUUCUGGCUGUAUGCCCAAGUUGAUCUCCCUUUAAGCCUAUUUCUACUUAUAAAUUGAAUGACAUGCUAUUAAAAUAUUCUGACUAGGCUGAUUUUAUUACACGAGUACUGUUACUGAUAGAAGGGAAUUCACACAAAAUUCUUUAGUCAUGGAAAGCAUUCUCAAAAAACAGACGUAUUAUAUCAAGUUAAAGUGAUUAUAUUUAGUUGCUGAGUAGUGGUCUGACUUACAUAUGGUGAACAUUAUACCUGGUACAAUCUUACUUAAUCACUAUCAAGGGUUGGAGGAUGACAUAAUGGUUAAGGUGUUUACCUUAAAAACACAAGGUGCAGGGUUUCAUUCUCACACGGGGUAACUGGCUAGACUUCAAAGGGCAGUUAGCCUAGUACUGAUCUAUGAAGCAUUUUUAUCACAUUUCACCAUCCUUUCAUUUAUGUUAAAAUAUUAAAGUAAUCCUAUUUCUCUUCAUAAGUCUCCCUAAAUCCUGUACUGCAAACUACGUGUUGAUUUUCUCUAUUAUCCUUUUUCAUCUUUUUUGAUGUAUUUUUGUGUUUUGUUUUUUUUUACCAGUGAUAUUAACCCAGUAUAUAUAUUUCUUUUGGUUCCUUUCAUAUGCUCCCACUUUUAGAAAGUGAAAUGAAGUAUGCCUUCUACAAAUUCAUCAUUACAGUUACCACUAUAACUCAUGACAGAGUAAAGACAGUAGUAAGUCCAACACACAGUGUUCACAGUUCUGGGGUAAACCUCAAUAGGUCCCAAAGGUUGUAAUCCCCACUUUCCUUAAAGUUCAUUCAGAUGCUUGCAUUGUCUGAAUGGACCCAUGUGUUUUCAAAAUGUCACCGGGAAUCCCUAAUUCCCUUUGUGAACAUGGACCAGAAAUACCAGAAAUACCCAUGGAAAAGUUGCCUUCUAUCAGUUUCUGGUCAUCCACAAUCAACUUUUUAUUGUUCAGAUAGAUAGAUAUACACUGGGUCCACUUCUGAGUCUCGAAAUACUGAAAUAUCGAAUUUCAGUAUCUCGAGACCAGACUAGCAAAUGUGCAGUUGUUCGAAACUGCAUAUUGUUGAAUGUUACAUUGCUGAAUCUGCUGUUGGCGUGGCACAGUUUAUUGUUCAGUGUUUGCUUUCACUUUAAGGUUUAUUGGUGUCUGGGUAGUAAAGAUAGUGGCUGAUGUCUGGUGAUGUUUGGAGAUUCAGGUAGGUUUGUAGUUUGUAAGCGUUUUGGUUAGAUAUGUGAUUUGCUUUUGUUUUUUGGAGAGUUUUAGGAGUAGGUGAAGUUAGAGAGGUAAGACAGUGUGUGUGUGU